AUGUCCGACAAGCUCGAGCGCGAUACCCAGGACGACACCAAGGCAAGCGUCGGCGAGACGGUUAGUGAGGGUCUCGACACCCUCUCAAGUUCAGUCUCGACCGACACUCGGCCUCGCUGGGAAAAGUUCUACCGCUCAACGCUGUUCCAGAUCAUCAUCGUCGGCCUAUGCUCCUUCUCCGCUCCUGGUCUUUGGGUCGCCCUAAACUCCAUGGGUGUGGCCGGAUCCGCCGACCCCGACCUAAUCAACGGCGCAAACGCAAUCCUGUACGGCUGCAUGACCGUCACCUGUUUCCUCGGUCCAUGGAUCACCAACCUGAUCGGCUUCAAGCUCACCCUCGCCUUCGGGUCAAUCGGGUACCCACUCUAUGCAGCGGGGCUGUACGUCAACAACCGCUUUGGCUCGCAGUGGUUUGUCUACUUUGGUGCAGUGGCGUGCGGCAUAUCAGCCGGUUUCUUCUGGAGUAUCGAAGGUGCCGUGGCAUGCGGAUAUCCAGAGGAACACAAGCGCGGUCGAUACAUUGCAACGUGGUUUACAUUCCGCAACGUGGGCAACAUGGUCGGCGGGGUAAUCAACCUUGCCCUCAACUAUAAGGCCAACCGUGCCGGUGCAGUCGGAUACCAGACCUACCUCGCGUUCAUUGGCCUACAGUGUCUGGGCUUGUUCUUCGGCCUCCUCCUCAGCAAUCCCGAAAAGGUCGUAAGGGACGACGGGACUCACAUUGAAGCGCCGCGUGUCGACUGGCGCACCGAAGCACAUGAGAUGUGGCGUCUAGCCACAUCGCGCCCCAUCCUCCUCCUCGCCCCGCUCUUUUGGUACUACGGCUGGAUCCAGGCAUAUCCCGGAACAUUCCUAGCGACAUAUUUCACCGUCCGCUCGCGCGCCCUCGCUUCUCUCCUCUCGGCCAUCGUCGGAUCCAUCUCAACCUGGCUCGCAGGCUCUCUAGUUGACCUACCAUGGAGUAACCGGCGCACCCGCGCGCUCGUGACUUUUGGCGUCCUCGUCGCACUCAACUCGUCCACAUGGAUAUGGAGCGUCGUCAUCCAGAAUGAGUACCGCAUCACCCGACCGCGCCUUGACUGGUCCCACUCGGGUUUCGGCCGCGGAUUUGGCGUGUACAUGUUCGAACGGAUUUCGACCACCUUUGUGGAGAACUACAUCUACUGGUGUAUCUCCAAUUUGAGCGACUCGCCAGGCGACCAGAUCCGAUACUCGUCCCUCUUGAGGGGUAUCGAGACCGCGGCGGUUGCACUUUCGUUUGGCGUGCAGGCCAUCCCGACGCCGCUUAUUGUUACGGCGGCGCUGAAUUUCGGGCAAUGGUUCGCGGUGCUUCCCAUCUCGUUGUGGGCGACGCUUCAUGUCAUCAAGGUGUUCUCGCGCAAGAAGGAGGUGAUUUAG